CACCAACUCACACACCCACCUACUUUGCCAUGCUCGCCUCCAUACAACGCGUUGCAUGGAACCAGGCCCGUCGGUGGGCGUCGACCAUCAACCCGGCAGAACAGGCCAAGUUUGCGGCCCUGGCGCCGUCGUGGUGGUCGGCCGACUCGCCGGCGGCGGCGCUCCACGCGCUCAACCCGGCCCGGGUCAAGUUCAUCGCCCUCGCCUAUGCUUCUGCCCAGGCCAACGCCGGCCUUGCUCCAAAUCAUGCCAGUGCCCGUGUGCUUGACGUCGGAUGCGGUGGUGGUGUUCUGGCCGAGCCGCUUGCCCGACUCGGCUUUGGCUCCGUCAAGGGCAUCGACAUCUCGCAGGCCAACGUCGACGCCGCUCGAGCUCAUGCCAGCUCCACCAUGGCUGUCGGCUCGGGCAUCGGGUCGCUCGAGUACGAGGCCAUUGCCGCCGAGGAUCAUGUUGCCAAGUACCCUGAUCAGCUCUUUGAUGUCGUCGUCGCCUCGGAAGUCAUCGAGCACGUGGCCGACGUCCCGCUAUUCGUCUCCUCGCUCGCCUCGCUUGUCGCACCCUCCGGCACGCUCGUCAUCUCCACCCUCAAUCGCACCGCGCUCUCCUACGCUACCGCGAUUGUCGGCGCCGAGCGCGUCUGCCGCAUCCUCCCAGAGGGCACCCAUGACUGGAACGCGUUCCUCACUCCCGACGAGCUCGAGGCUCACUUUGACGCCGCUGGCCUCGACCUUGGCCUCAUCGCCGGCAUGAUUCCUGAUCCGAUUGAGCGGGCCUUCACCCUCCACCCAGACCAUCUCUCUAUCAACUACAUUGCCGCCGCCACGCCCCGCCCCGCACAAUUGUGAUGCUCAUCCAAGCCAUGCGUCGAUCAUCUGGCGAAUCGACCCGCUUUGCCAGCCAGUCUGCCCGCCGAUCCGGCGGCACCCGCCGCACUGUCGCGGUUCCCGCCGUGGCUAACCAAUAUUCAAGCCGGAUUCACUCUGCUGCAUCCCCCCCCCACCCCCACCCUCAUCACUGCCAACUCUGGUCCCCCCCCCAUCUCAAGUUGCGUCGCCUGCAAGGACCAAACGCCACAAAUUGAUACUGUUGUCAGCUGCCGCUCUUCCGCCGCACCGGCCGCGACUGCACUGCGGCACCGAUCAAACGACCGCGACAGG